GCAUGGGCAGCUUCAAGGUGGAGCUCUUCUUGGAUCAGAUGCCUUUGACGGCCUCCAACUGGAUCGACUUGGCCAAAACAGGCUUUUAUGACGAUGGUAUCCACUUCCACCGGGUGAUCCCCAACUUCAUGUGCCAAUUCGGGUGCCCCUACGCCAAAGACCCCAAGAGCCCUCGUGCGGGCACCGGCGGCCCCACCGCCGGAGAGUUUGAAGUCUUGGGAACGGAUCAAAAGGCCUACAGGGAUAGCGGCGGGAACAUCGAGGACGAGUUCACCACCAAACUGGGAAACGAGCCAGGUACGCUGUCCAUGGCCAACACGGGACAACCCAACUCGGGUGGCUCGCAAUUCUUCAUCAACGUGAACAACAACAGCUCCCUGAACUGGUUCAAUCGCCCCACUACUUCGGCCCAUCCAGUCUUUGGCAAGGUGGUGGAAGGAGCCUCGGCGGAAAACGCGGCAGUGUGUCAACCUCU